GUGACGGGCGUUCCAGCAAUAGCCAGCCUAUCAUCAGCUUACGGAGGAGUCUAGUCCCCUGACGGCCCGCACGCGUGGGUGGGUGGGUUUCUUCAUUGCCGCAGGCCGGAAACCACUGUGGCUUCUGCACUCUCGUCCCACCGCCAUAUCAAUCACUGCGCGCCAUCUGGCAACUACCGGGAGCUGGCCUUCCUUUUUGUUCUGUUCAUCUUUUAGCAUUGCCGCCCAUCUACUCUCGCGACAUAUAUCUGGUGCAUGUCGCAAUCCACCGUCGCUUCGGCCCCUCGUAGUAAUCAUAUUGCCUGCACGUAGCACUCCUCCGACGCCAUGGCACCCCCAUCCGCGACCGGCGCAACGGCGCACAUGGCGACAACAACGCUCAAGGUCGAGGGCAUGACUUGCGGCGCAUGUACCUCUGCCAUCGAGUCGGGCUUCCAGGGCGUACAUGGAGUGGGAAAUGUGUCGAUAAGCUUGGUCAUGGAGCGCGCCGUCGUACAGCAUGAUCCAGAGAUAAUAUCCGCCGACCAGGUCAAGGAAACCAUCGAAGACAGGGGGUUUGACGCCGAGGUGCUGUCAACCGACCUUCCGGCCACACAAACUACCGAAGAUCACUUCCUUAGUGAUUCCGACGACGACGAGGAAGAGGCUGAUACCAAUAUCUCGACAACUACCCUCUCGGUUGGCGGCAUGACAUGUGGCGCCUGUACAUCGGCAGUAGAAGGCGCUUUCAAGGACGUAGCAGGCAUCAAGUCUUUUAGCAUAUCGCUACUCUCCGAGCGUGCUGUCAUCGAGCACGAUACUAGAACAAUAUCCGCGGGCCAAUUAGCGGAGACCAUAGAGGACGUUGGUUUUGAUGCGCAGGUGCUGGACUCUGUGGCUGCAACACCAGCGCCAACGAAGAGCAGAAAUCAAAAGAAGCAGAGAACGCUGACUACGACGCUGGCGGUAGAGGGCAUGACAUGUGGCGCAUGUACAUCGGCCAUCGAGAGCGGGUUCAAGGACGUAGAGGGCGUAUACCAGUUCAACAUCAGCUUGCUUGCGAACCGUGCGGUCCUCGUCCACGACCCUUCAAAACUCGGCGAGGAUCAAAUAGUCGAAAUCAUCGAGGAUCGAGGCUUCGACGCCAAAGUCAUCUCGUCGGUCGAUGGCAGCGCACAGCAAUCGGCGGGUAACAACGGGCCUGUACAUCUCAAGAUCUAUGGACUCCCUGAUGUAAGCGCUGCCGCAGACCUCCAAGGACUCCUGAAGAAGCGAUCCGGCGUCACCUCCGCAACCGUAAACUUUAGCACCUCAAGAGCGACCAUCCAGCGUGAACCGCACAUCAUCGGACUCCGAGCCUUGGUCGAGACGAUUGAAGCGGCAGGAUACAACGCCCUGGUCGCUGAUUCGGAUGACAACAACGCACAACUCGAGUCCCUUGCAAAGACCAAAGAGAUUCAAGAAUGGAGACGUGCCGUCAUCUUCUCGGCCUGGUUUGCUGUCCCCGUCUUCCUCACCAGCAUGUUCAUCCCCAUGUUCUUACCGUUCCUCAACUAUGGCGGCAUCCGUCUUAUACCUGGCCUAUACCUUGGCGAUGUUGUCUGCCUUGUUCUCACCAUUCCCGUGCAGUUUGGAAUCGGGAAACGGUUCUACGUCUCUGCGUACAAGUCGCUUAGUCACGGCUCGCCCACCAUGGACGUUUUGGUUGUACUGGGUACUUCGGCGGCUUUCUUCUUCAGCGUCGCGGGGAUGCUGGUCUCGCUUCUUGUUGCUCCGCAUACGAAGCCGACAACAUUGUUCGACACUAGUACCAUGCUCAUCACGUUUAUUAGCUUGGGCCGGUAUCUCGAGAACAGGGCCAAGGGCCAGACUUCAAAAGCAUUGUCAAGACUCAUGUCGUUGGCACCGUCCAUGGCCACAAUCUACGCAGAUCCGAUUGCCGCUGCCAAGGCUGCCGAAGAUUGGGACGUCGCGGAUGAGAAAGUAGUGCGUACAUCCACAGACGGCAACGCGAUUGAAGAAAGAGUAAUUGCUACGGAGCUUAUUGAAGUUGGCGACGUUGUCAUUCUUCGUCCUGGUGACAAGAUUCCUGCCGAUGGUACAGUAACGCGCGGCGAAUCCUAUCUUGACGAAAGCAUGGUCACUGGUGAAGCGAUGCCGAUUCUCAAAAAGAAAGGCGCGCUCCUCAUGGCCGGUACCGUGAAUGGAAAUGGUCGCCUGGAAUUCGUCGUCACUCGGGCAGGCCGCGAUACACAGCUCAGUCAGAUCGUUCGUCUCGUCCAGGAAGCUCAGACAAGCCGUGCUCCCAUUCAGCGUCUCGCAGACACAGUUGCGGGCUAUUUCGUACCCAUUAUCAUCACCCUCGGUCUCGCUACUUUUGUCGCCUGGAUGGUACUCAGCCAUGUGCUUCCGUACCCGCCCAAGGUUUUCCUCGAUCAUGCCAGUGGAGGUAAGCUCAUGGUUUGCGUCAAGCUCUGCAUCGCUGUUAUUGUAUUCGCCUGUCCUUGUGCGCUUGGUCUCGCUACCCCUACCGCAGUCAUGGUUGGUACUGGCGUUGGCGCUGAGCAGGGUAUCCUCGUCAAGGGCGGUGCUGCUUUGGAAACUGCUACCAAGAUUACCCAUGUUGUAUUUGACAAGACUGGCACCCUCACCGUGGGUAAGAUGAGCGUUUCGAAAGCCGAUAUCCAGGGUGAAUGGGCAAGUCCGCAAAAGAAGAAUCUCUGGUGGACACUCAUUGGUCUGGCUGAAAUGGGCUCCGAGCAUCCCAUUGCGAAGGCCAUUGUCCUUUCUGCUAAAGAGUACCUUCGCCUCGGACCUGAUGGAACACUCGAUGGCUCUGUAGGCGACUUCGAGGCUGUAGUUGGCAAGGGCAUCACAGCGACCGUUGAAGCGGCUCUCUCCCCCGAGCGCACACGCUACAAAGUUCUCAUUGGGAACGUAGCCUUCCUUACCUCCGAAGGCGUCAACGUCCCCGACUUCCUCGAUGAGCCACUUACACCAGCUGCAACUGCCAACCCGCGAGGAGCCUCACCACGCUCUGCUGGUAUCACAACGAUCCACACCGCUAUCGGGCAAACCUACACCGGCACACUCAGCCUUUCUGAUACUAUCAAGCCCUCUGCACGCGCCGCCGUGCUCGCCCUUACUCGCCUUGGCAUAACAUCCUCCAUCGUCACAGGCGAUACGUCUGCCUCGGCCCUUGUCGUGGCAGCAGCAGUCGGUAUUGAUAUUGCCGACGUUCACGCCUCAGCCACUCCCGCCGACAAGAAAGCAAUCGUUGCUGAUCUACAAUCCCGUGGCCAAGUCAUCGGAAUGGUUGGCGACGGCAUCAACGACUCGCCCGCAUUAGCGUCUGCAGAUAUAGGCAUCGCCCUCUCGACUGGUACAGAUGUCGCUAUGGAAGCCGCAUCUAUUGUGCUUAUGAGUAAUGCGGACUUGCUUGCUAUACCAGCGAGUCUGGUGCUGUCAAGAGCGAUUUUUUGGCGUAUCAAAUUAAACCUUGCAUGGGCGUGUAUGUACAAUUUUGUCGGUCUGCCAUUCGCCAUGGGCCUUUUCCUUCCCUGGGGUCUCUCGCUGCAUCCCAUGGCUGCCGGAGCUGCUAUGGCGUGCUCUUCAGUAUCGGUCGUUGCGAGUAGUCUGCAUCUCAAGUUCUGGCAUAGACCAAGCUGGAUGAAGGUGUCGGUCCUGGAUCCGGGGGCGCCGGUCGACGAGAGAGAGGUGGAAAUGGAGAAGUUGGGUCAGAAAGGGCUGGUUAGCUCAACGGCGGACUGGGUGAGAGAUAGUUGGGCGGCUUGGAGGAGGAACAAGGAGGAGGCUGGUUAUGUCCCGCUGAGAGACAUGGGUGAGCAUUAGUCGCGCUCACGGAAAGCAAAGCAUUUGGCGGGACUGUUGACAAGAAUCAGGUUGUCUUGUGGUUAUUGUUAUCAAGUGUUGAUGAGCGUUUAGGAUACCACAUCUGCCCUU